AAAUCUGUAGAAAUGAUGUAAGAGAAAGCAAAGGCAGGGAUUGGAGUAAGGGGUGUAUAACUGAGACUAUAAAAACUCGGAGAGAAAACUCACCAUCAGGGCUGAGUUUGGGAUAAACUGCACAGAGAGGACUCUAAAAUUAGAAUCUCCUGAUUUUUUACAAGAUGCUGGACUGGAGAUUAGCAAGUGCACAUUUCAUCCUGGCUAUGACGCUGAUGCUGGGGAGCUCAGGAAAAGUGCUCUCAGAGGAUGUAGCAACACAGGCAUUUGAUUCUGCAGGCAUAGAUGUACAGUCACCACCUACAGUCACGGAAGAGAAAUCAGCCACUGAUAUAGCAGCAAAACUCUUUCUUCUUGAUGAACUGGUGUCCCUGGAGAAUGAUGUGAUUGAGACAAAGAAAAAGAGGAGUUUCUCUGGUUUUGGGUCUCCCCUAGACAGACUCUCAGCUGGCUCUGUAGAUCAUAAAGGUAAACAGAGAAAAGUAGUGGACCAUCCAAAAAAGCGAUUUGGUAUUCCCAUAGAUCGGAUUGGUAGAAACCGGCUUUCAAACUCAAGAGGCUAAUCGAUUCCAAUUAUGCAACAUCCUUGGGUGAAAUGUCACAGAAAUAUGAAAGAUGCUUCAGUGAAGUUCUUCACAUUCCUUUAUGAUUAAACUUUUAAGGAACUAGCCUUCUGCAAAUCCUUUCCCAAGCUUGAACUUCAGUUCAUCACAUCACAGUAUUGUUACAGCUUCAAUUAUACCAUGCUGAUAAUUUUGAUGCAUGUAUAUUUUAAAAUAUAUAUAUAUAUUAAUUAUUCAGGUAUGGUUACCUGCCCCCAAAAUUUUACUUUUAAAAUAGCAAUUAAAAAGCACAAUUUAGUGAAAUGUCUUCUAUAUGCAUUUACCAUUCACAUUUUGCAGUUAAAGAAUAAUAAUGAAAGACAGAUUUGCUUCUGUAAAAUUUAGAUACAAAUUUUUUGUUCAUUAUGGGAGAAUAAGGAAAGGCAAUGCUAUAUAUUUUCUUUUGAGUGCUUUCAUAUUACUCUUUUCUUUUGUCAGUGAGCCUGUUGGGUAAUAAUUAUGAAAUUAGGCUUCUCUUAUUGUUUUCAAGUUUCAGUUAUGUUCAACCAAAUAAAAACACAGCCCCAGUGAGCAUGUUGACUUAGAAUUUAAAAAGUGAAAGCUUUACUCAUUUGCCAAGCUCAGAUAUUCCUUGUCCCCUAACAACUUUCCAUAUGUCUAAAUUUUAAUUGAUAGUUAAUUAAGAGCAUUAUGAAAGGAAUAGCUACACACAGAAGUAAAAAUAAAAGUAGGGGAAAAGUUAAAGGAUCACCAAGUAGUAAACUACCAGAGCAGUUUGGGGUCAGUUAAGUGCACAUCAUUUUAACACAGUACAUUUCAGCAUAGUACAAUAAGCGAUCAUUUUGAUGUUAUUGACUCAUCUAAGAAACUGUUUAAUCUGUUUCAUAUGCUGUGCUUAAUAAGCCAUUAACAAGCAUAAUGUGUUUGAAAAUUAUUUCUUUAAAAUGUUUCAUAUUAUUUUUAAUUGACCUAUCAAAGCAUAAGUUUUGGUUUUCUGGAAAGCUCAGUUCUCAGCAAUAAUUGUGAUGUUACUGUAGUUAGGAACAGAAGUCUGCUGUGCAUUGAGUAUGCUUUCAAAACACACAAUAAACCUUAUUUCCUGGACCAGAGAUUCAGCAUAAGUUACUUAGCAAAAGUUUAUAAAGCAUCUGGAAAACACUUCUUUAAGCCUUAGUAAUCACUGUCAAACAGACCUGAUACAUGGGAGAAAAAAAGUUUUGGCCAGUAGAGCAAAGCUUUAUUUUAGCAUAAAGAGUGCCAUGAGAACAUGUCUUUCUGUUCAAAGAAGAGAGAAAUGAGUAGUUGCUAAUUUUCACUAAAAAUUAUUGUACUUGUAUGAUCCAAAGAGUAAAAUAAACUCAAAGAAACAUCAUGAUGACAAAAUGCAUCAGGAAAGAGCUGAAUUCAAUGAUUGACCUUUAUAAAAGGCUAAUUGUUCAGUUGUCCAAUGUGCUUUUUAGAGACCCAGUUUAAAAAAGCUGAAAAGAAGUGACAGAAAUGAACAUGUGUACAUAGAAUACAUAUUGGUUUUGUAUAUAACUUCUUAGUUUUUCUAGAAAUUUUUCAAAUUGAAAAUCUACAGAUUUAAGUUUGGGCAAAAACAGUAAAUGAAUGUUUCUUGUAAUUGUAGUAGAGGACUAUAGCUAAGAGAAAUGAAUUUUGAGCAAGCUAACUAAUUCUGAUUUUCAUAAACUUGUAUUACAAAGCUAGUAGUGUUACCUGGGUGAGUACCCUGCAGGACUUACAGUUUGAAAGCAUUAUUUAAGAAGUUAUCUCAUCUCAACUUUUCCCAAGCUUCUAAUGAACUAUAGAAUUGUAUCCUAUUCCUUAGAUACCCUUUCUUUCCUUUUUCUCCCGUUUGGAUAUUUGUAAGCUUCUAAUUCAGCCGGUGCUGCUUUGUGCUUUGACAAAAAGUAUUAAAACCUACUUCAGCCUAAAAAUUUAUCAUGAUAAAGAUUUGAAGUUGGAUUAAACAAACUGAUUUCCUAUA